GAGAUCAACAAACGAAUUGAAAUCAAACAAUCGGCACAUUGGAUCAAAAUCAAAAUAAACGUUGAAUUGUUGGACAUUCACGGACUUUUUUUAUCACAGACUCGCGGUUUUGUGUUUUUUAAAACAGUUAUUGGGCAUCGGUGAUCAGUUGGUGUUCUGUUUUAAUACUGGUUUUUGUGUUUUUAUUGAAAAGAAUUUGGUGGAUUUUAUAGGUACUGAAGGUACCUAAUUUUUGGAUGGCGCCGGUUCCGGACUAUUGAACCUUGGAUUUCCUCGCCCUCGCUCGAAUCAGGUUCAAUGACAACGUAGUCAUGGAAGCCGACUCACCAACUGUACAGAUAGUUUCUACCGAUGCCGAGGAACUAAUUACUUCCGAUGACAUCAAAGUAUUCAACGACAGCGGAGGAGAAACCGAAGCAGACAGCACCAUCCACGGGUUCAACAUUUCCAACAUCACGGUCAUCGAAAAUACCGCAUCAAAAAAACCUUGUGACAGUGAUAGCGGGGUGGAAGUGGUCGAAAAUAUUGAAAGUGCGGUGUGCGCCGGGUACCAACGCAACCUCAGCUCCAAUAGUGGCGUAUCUCAAGACUUAGACAAUUUAAACGGCGCUCGAUCAUGCGAUUCCUCUAUAAUUAGUUGUUGUUCCAAUUACGAUGAAGCCUACAAUAUACUAGUACGAAAAAACUCGACUCUAUUAGAAGACUACCGAAGACACGAAGACGUCACUAGCGAAAAUGGAAGCGAAAGUUCCUCACUUAGCGGUUCCAACGUCAGAACCAAUAGAAGAUCUUCCGGUAACAAUACAAAAAAGAAGUGCGCUAAUUUAGAUUCCAGAAAUAAAUCUUCUACUCGAAAAGAUCGAUCUACUAAACCGCCUGUGACGCCUAGAGCAUCGAACGGACCGGUAAGGAUAAAAUCUAUAGACAGGCUGCAAGCUAAGCAACCAGGAACGCCACCUCAAAGGACCAAAACAACACCAAAUAAUCUAGAAGUAAAUUCUAAAAGGGAUCCAAAAAGAACUUCAUCAGCUGCUGUGAGAACGUCGUCGAAUAGUAGAACAACGCCAACGGCUACAGACGACGGAAGAUGGCCUUCUAUAAAUAGCAAACCUGCUCCUUUGAUGUCGAGGUCACUCAAAGGCACGAUUGAGUGUUCUAAACAAAAAAUAUCGCCUCAGGAAUCCAAAACUAUAGAAAAAUACGCUACGCUUCCACGACCAAAGAAGAAUAAUGAAAGUAAAGAAAUAAAAAAAGUCUCAAGUAGGGAGAGCACUUUGCAUCGUUUGAGCCUAAUUAGACCAACUUCCAAGGAGAACACUCCUUCUAAGCUAAUGACUUCUUCGCUGUACAUCCCCAAGAGUAAAGUCAAAACAAAAAUUUACCACGAAAGCGGUAUACAGACAGCUUUGACUAUGUCCGAUGUAGAAAACGCUUUGGCAGGUGUUACGGUUAUUCCGAAAAAUCCAAACGAUUUCGAAACUUGUGAUAAGGACCUUCAAGUGGAUUUGAUGGUCACCGAUAUGGAAAAACUCAAGGACAAAUUAGCGAAAUUGACUGAAAAGUACGAGUCUUUGCAGAACAAUUACAAAUUACAGACUGAAAAAUUAAAAGAGACUGAAGAUAAAUUAAGGGAAGAAGUGAUAGAGAAGGAAGGAAUGAGAGAAGAAUUGCACAAUAAUUCGCAAAGGGUCAUGGCCAUAUUGGGAGAUGGUGAAUGUAAUUUAGAAGUAGAAUCCGGUCCUAACGACAGCCUACUAGUCCUAGAAACCAAAUUCCAAAACGUAGGUCAAGUCGUGAUACGGCAAGAAGAAGAAAUCUCGAAACUUAACGCACUUUGUCGAUCCUUGCAAAUGGAGUUAGACAAAAAUAUAGCAGCACAAAGGAUUUUAGUUCAGCAACAGCAAGACUUAGAAUUGGAGAGCAUAGAAUUACAAGAUUUCAUGCAAGCUGAAAAGACGACUUUGCACGACGCUUUGAAGGAGUCUGAAGCCGAAGUUCACAGGAAUCAGUUGAUCAUUCAGGCUAAAAAUAAGGAAAUGGCCGAAAAGCAAGAAGAAUGUAAACAGCUGAAGAAGGUGAGCGAGCAAAGAAGACAAGAAAACGUGAGUCUACACGCUCGACUAGGAGUUUUGGAGACUAAAUGUAGAGAAUUGUUGGUUCACCAAGGUAGUUCGGUAUCUGGAGCUGCCGUGGCUCUAUCAGCUCUCAUUGGCAGAUUGGACGGACUUGUUGAAGAACUGGUUGCAGCUUAUACCAUUUCGGAUCAGGAAUUAGAUGAUGUCAUAUUUCACAAUGAGGCAUACAAAAACAGCAGCAGUAGCCCAGAAUCGACGCCGGAAAAAUCUAGAAAAAUAUUCAUCGACAAGUCACCGUCUCCAGCCAAAGGUUCUUCAUUCGUAUCGGCCGUAAUAAAUGCCAUAAAAAGUGCUGCCCAAUCACCGUUCGCAAUCAGGGAUGUUAGCAAGGAUACAUUGUCAACGGAUCACUCAAGCUCGAACGAAAUGCUGGACUCCGAAACCGAGCCGUGUCUUAUGAUGGAGCACGUUUUAGAAGACGUAGUCAUUCCGGACGGUCAUUCUCAAAAUCUGGUCUCAUCGGGGCACGGAAGUAUGAUGAGCUCACGUUUGACGCACAGCGAAAGUCUCAAAGAUUUGAAUCAAACGCUCCUGAGCAGGCAAAUGUCCGAGCCGGCGAGCAUGAGCUUUUAUGGUAGUCUAAAUACUUCAUUUACUAGUGAUCUGGUGUCGCUGAGCGAAUUUUUUCCUUCUAUUUCCCUGGUGGACCAGGUUAUCGAGGUGGAUAACCUUAUUACUAGGCUACUUAAAGUUAUCAGGAUAAUCCAAAUGGAGAACGAAGACUGCAUGAACGAACUCCAAGAACAAAGAGACAAUUUGUCGGAACAAGUCGAUAAGCAAAAAGAAACCAACAAAGUCGUUGUGAAGCAGCUGAAAGAUUGGGAAACGCUGGGCGCUCGUUUGAAAACUGAAGUCAAAGAACUUAUGGCCCAUCUGUCCAAAAAGAAUAACGAGAUUGAUAAUCUGAAGGGGCAAUUGAAUAAGCAAAGAGAAGAAGUUGAGAAACUUAACCAAGACGUUUGUGAAUUGUCUACAACUUUAGCGAAAGCUGAAAUGGAAAAUAAAACUAAGGAGGAUGAAGUUAGUCGGGAAAUUAAAAAAUGGGAAAAAACGGGUGAAGUUCCUUCUCCAGAAAUUUUAGCGAAUUUAAUUUCUAACCAAAACGAGAUACCUGACCUCAAAGAAAAAUUGUCUGAGAAAGAGAAACAUCUGAAGGAACUCACGCAGGAAUUUUUGGCCAGUAGACAAGUGUUAUCGGAAAGUUUGAAAGAAGCUGUAAACGCAUCCAAAAAACAAUAUGAUGCAAUUGAUAAUGCUUUAGAGGUUCUACACAGCAUUCAAACGGUGGUUCAACAAUGCGCACCAUUGGCACAAUUACAACGGGAUCUAGAAGAGAUCAACUUUCAAAGUGCAUCCGCAAUGCCCAUGAUCACUCCAUCCGAUUGCAAUGCUAACGCUGCACUCUUGCAGGCCGUCGCUAACAUGGAAACAGCUCCCACGAUUAACACAACUGCCUAGGAUAUUGUUAGAAAAAAUUAAAACACCCAUAUUUACGAUUUUUGUUCGUAAGACCAGGCACCAAAAGUUCCCGAUAUUAUUAAUAAAUAUUUUAACUCAACAAAUUUUCAAUAGUCUUUAACUUUCUUUUGAUAAUAGUUUGUUUAGAAAUCACACUGAUAUAUUAAAAAAAAAAAUGAAAUAAUGCUCAGUCAUCAACCUCAAUACACAUUAAAAAAAAAUGAAAUAAUGCAAAACUGUCAGUCAAUUAGGCAUUCCAAACAUAUGAAUUACCAGUGGGAAGGUUUGGUAUAUCUAACGGUUGCGACAUACGAUGUAUUCUAUCUACAAUACGUAAAAUCAUGAAUAAUGGGUUACAUUUAAAUAUUUAAUGUCGAACUAAAUAAAUAUAUUAUUUAAAAAAACAGCUUAUACAUUUUUUAAAAAAUUGACAGGCUUGGCGACUGAUAUUUCAAAUAAAAAUAUAGUCCAAGAUGCAAGACUAUGUCGCUACCCUCUUAGAUAUACGAUACCUUCCCACUGGUAGGUAUUGUUUGAUAAGUCGGAAUGCCUAAUUCAAAAAGUUCUGUAGCUCAGUUACAAUGACAAUAAUAGUGACAUCUGUCAUAAUUGUCGAUUUCUACUCCUGUCAACUCUCAAUGUGGAUCGAUCUGGAACUUUUGAAACCGUUAGUUGAGCUAUUUACGAUAAACUCGUAGGGAACGUUUGUGAUGUUUGAAAUUACUCUCAAGGUUUGUGAAAAAAAAAACGCAUUUUGUUAAACAUUAACACCUGCUUCUUACUAACUAAUUUUUAGGUAUUUUUUUAAUUAAGACUGUUAUAUAUUUUUUGGCGCAAAUCAAAAUAUAAAGUAAUUUAAUCAGCGUUGAACGUUUUUUUUUAGAUGUUUUCUUCGUCACUGAUUUUUAGUGGUACGAAAAUUAGAGCUUAGAUACAGAUGAUAUGUCUUGUUGAAAUGUGUAUAGUAGAUCCUAAUUUUGGACUUCCCUUCGAUAUUGAAAGGCUGAAUAUUGCCAUUGAAAGGUAUUUUUAUCAGUGCGUUUACAAUGAAUCAGAAUUAUAUUGAAAUCAUUUUUUUUAAGAUUCGUCGCUCUAAAAAUUCAGUUGCAUCUAAUUUAUACGAAUUAUUUCCAAUCUGUAUGCUGCUUAUAAUAACAGGAUAUCUAAAUUGAAUUUCUAGAUAAUCAGUUUAUCUUCGAAUUCGUACAAUGGCCUUACUGUUAGGGAUUCUUUUUAUUUGACAAUCUUGCGUUAUUUUCGUACAUAUUAGAAUACUAUAAAUAUUUCCUCCUAUUUAAUAUUCCUCUUUUCUGUAGCUACAUAUACAAAUUGUUCUCGGUCUUCCUUUUUGUUUGUUUAAUAUUUUGUAUAAUAUUUUUUAAUUCUACCUUAUUUCGGUAUUUUAAUUUAUUUAAUUAAUUCUAAGAGUUAAAAUUGAGCGCUUCAAAUGUGGUGUCUCAUAAAUCUGUGGUCGGCGCUUAAAAAGUAAUAAAUAUUACACAUUUUUGGAGAAUGGCACUGGGAAAUUUUGGGACACAUCAAUAAGGAUUUUUAGAAUCCAAAUCGACGAUCUUUUUAGGAGAUUUGGUCUUGUAAAAAUUAAAAAAAUAUGUAGACAUAUUUUAACUGUUUUAUAUUACAAAAUUUGACUGUUUAUGUUUAAUUAUGACGUUUUGUCAUUCGCGGUUACCCUUGUAUUAUUAUAUAUGUUUUUUGUACCUUAUUUUUAUUACUUUACAAGGUAUAUAUACUUAGAUCCUUUUAACUGCCUAUUUUAAAUAUUCGCGCCAAAAAUUAAGGUUAGGUCUGAAAGAUUGUUUGUCUUUCCUGAAAAAUUUAUAUUUUAAGCGUUAGGCUAUUUGCAUCUUAGGCCGACGUUAUGUCGUUUUAAGCGCCGGCCACUGAAUUAUCAUUUCUAAUGAAUUAAAAAAAAUAAGAGACCAAAAGGGUCUAUAUUUUUAAUCAUUUAAAAAAUCUUAUAUUUAAAGGCUCCUCUAAAAUUUAUGACAGGCUUUCAUUUUUUCAUCUUUUGAACUUCUCAUGCUGACAUUGUUUCUACUCAGAAUUUAGUUGUGAAGCACUGAAAUCCAUUCAGGUUAUUCUGCAGCGUUCUGGAAUAUUCAACUGCCUUAUAUUAGAGUUACAAUAACAAAUUCCUCUACAAUAUGUAACCAGUGUCAACACUGCUUAAUUAUAAUUACAGUGCAUUCGGGUAUUUUUCAAACUAUCUAGUUUUUACAUGCAUUUGUGCAAAUCGUAUUAGAAAACGUUCCAUACAUUCUUACACUUAUUCUAAAAUAUCAUAGUUUACUCAUUAUUCAUUGCUUUUGGCGACGAAAUUUAAUUUUUAAAUAAAACAAUAUUCUGUUUGUCCAGAGAUAUAUUUAUGACAAAAAUUAUUGAGUCUCAUGAGUUCACACUGAUAAAAUUAUCUUUUUUUCCCUAAAAACGUCCAAACCAAUUUGUAACCUUUUAAGAAAAUAAAACUUGUAAUGUUUACGAGUUUUUGAAUUUGAAUUUGUUUAGUCAUAAUAAUUAUUUUACAUCACUUUUUAAAAUUGUUUUAUGUUUUUUUUUUUAAUUGUUACUUACGCACUUAAACACCUUAUAAAACAAAUGGAAUUUUGAUUUUGUUUUUUUUUAGGCAAGAUAAUUUUUACUUUGUUUUUUAGUUUAAAAAAAAUUACUGUUAUUUAUUCGGUGCUUCUGACAAAAUUCAUAUUUUUAGAAUGUAUUAUAU